AUGGUCUCUAUCAACUCAGGCCCCAUUUCAUCUCUUGUUUAUCGGAAUUCGCUGAUUGAUUCCUCCGAUUCCCUUUUGCCUCUUUCUUGUUUCUGUACGAAUUAUUCGACCAAGACUUGCAUACGUUUCGCGUCGCUGAAUCUUUUAGCUGCUAGAAAAGGUUGUGGGCCUGUUCUAGGGUUUCUCGAGGCCAAUCCGAGGAAGAAAGGUUGUUGCUUUCGGUUUAGUGGGGUUUUGAGGAUGUGCAAUAAUCGGAAUCCGGGUUGGGAAAGCGAGGAGAGUAAGGAUCUGGAAACGGAGAUUUUGGAGUUCAUGGAGAAUUCUGAGAAACCUGGGAUGUUUCCGAGCAAGAAGGAUUUGAUCCGUUGUGGAAGAUUUGAUCUUGUGGAGAGAAUCGUAAAUCAAGGUGGUUGGCUUUCCAUGGGAUGGGAUUCUGAUGAACAAGAAGAAGCAAAAGUGAACCAGAACGUCAUGCUACGAGAUUUGCCUAUCGAGAAACAGCUUCGUAAUCGCAAUUCUCAAGCAAUUGAUGCUUUUGAUCUUGCCUCAAGUCCUUCAUCUUUAAGAGAAGAAGUUGAUGAUGGGAAUGAGAGUGGAAUCGAAGGCAUUUUGACCAGAUUGGAGAAAGAAAGGAAUUCGAGUUUAGGGAUUAGCUUGAGUGGGAAAGGGGAAAGCAAUGGUGCCAUGAAUGAUAAUACCUCCCCAAAUGGUUUAGUUCCUCGGUCUUCGAUGAUUGUGAAGACAGCUAGUGAAUUUCUUGAAGCCAAGCCAGUUUCAGGAACAAGAGGCUUAAGCGAAUUGCCUACAUCAGAAACAUGGAGGACUUGGAGUAUGAGGAGAGCUGGAUUUACUGAUGAAGAUUUUGAAGCUGCUGAAAUUUCUUCCAGUGGUUUGGAUGGUGUGAAGAAGGAUAAUACGAAUAAGGAUUCUGGUGAUGGCGCAAAUGAAAAAGAUACAACUUCAUCUUCCCCAGAAGAUAUAAACACAUCUCAUAUCAAAAGCCGUCUUCAGAAUCUCCAGUCAGAACUUUCUUCUGUUCUUCACUCCCUUAGAUCUAAUCCUGAUGAAGUUGUGACAAGUAAGGAUAGUGAGACAAAUUCUGGAAACUUGGAGAACGUUUACGAUGAUUGGGAGUACAAAGAGAACGAGAUCAUACAUGCACAGAGUAAAUUACGGUCUACAAGGGCAAAGCUGGCAGUUCUUGAAGGAAAGAUGGCUAUGGCGAUAAUAGACGCACAGAGGAUUGUAAGGGAGAAACAGAGAAAAAUAGAUCAUGCCAGCAGAGCUUUACGGUUGCUCCGGACUGCAUCCAUAGUAUGGCCUAAUUCAGCCUCAGAAGUUCUACUAACUGGUUCGUUUGACGGUUGGUCUACUCAGAGGAAAAUGAAGAAAGCAGAGAACGGAGUCUUCUCUUUAACGCUGAAGCUGUAUCCCGGAAAAUAUGAGGUAAAGUUUAUAGUUGAUGGCCAGUGGAAAGUUGAUCCGCUACGACCUAUUGUGACUUGCAAUGGAUAUGAAAACAAUGUGCUCAUCAUCUCUUGA